CGGGCGGGACGAAGUCAGGCGGGCAGGCCGGCAAGCAGCAGCGGCGGAGGCGGCGGCCUUGGCGGAGCGCGGCCAUGUGGCGGAGGAAGGCCGCCUUCAGCGUCGGCGGGGCCCGGUUGCCGCGGGUUGCCCCGCUCGGCUUCCCCGAGGAAGAGGCCGGAGCCGAGCCGCCCUUCGACGAUUCUGACUGGCCCUCCGAAUUCCGGGGUGCAAAUGGUUCCCAGAAAUUAAUGAACAUCAAGUCCUCCUUCGCCAAUCAGCUCCUGCUGGUUUCACUGCUGGAGCAUCUUUGCCACCUCUAUGCUCAAGAUCCGACGCAUUCGAGGCGAUUGUUUCAGUUGCUCUGUAAAACAUUUACUCAGAUGGGCCUGCUGUCCGAUUUCGCCGUCUGUGAAGAAUUCAGCAGUUUGCGACUGCAGCAUAAUCGAGCCAUUACCGAACUAAUGAAAGCAGCCAACAAGCAGAUACACAAAGAGGAAGUUGGUCUUGGUGAUUCCUACGGAAACAGGGAGAACGAAAUCCUCUUUGAAGCACAGACAUCUCGUUACGUUAAUGAAUUUGAUGAGAUUUCGAGGCUUGGGAAAGGAGGCUACGGAACAGUAUAUAAGGUCAGGAAUAAACUCGAUGGUCAGUUCUACGCGAUUAAAAAAAUCCUGAUUAAGAAAGCCACCAAACGAGAUUGCAUGAAGGUCCUACGGGAAGUGAAAGUCUUGGCUCAGCUGCAGCAUCCUAAUAUUGUAGGUUACCACACGGCUUGGAUGGAACAUGUUCAACCACCAUGUCCAAAAGGCGGCUUAGUCUUGGAUCUUCCGUCUCUCAAAAUGUCUUCGGAGCCAGGAAAUUCCGAGGACCAGAGUUGCAUUCAAGAAUUGGAAGACAGUUCCAUCAUCUUUGCCAAUCAGACUCCGGAGGACUCUAUUGGCAGAGAUUCUAGAGGAAGCGAAGGGAAUCUUUACACGCUCCCUCCUGGAACCUACGGCAGCAGUAGUGGCAAUGAGACGAGCAACGCAUCGAGGAACAACGGAAACCAGCCCUCGAUCCUACGUUGCUGCGAUGAAAAUGGGGACCACGCCAAUGGGAACGAACCUUGUAGCGACGAAGACUCACAAAAGGAGAUACCUUCACCCCAGCCUUGUAUGACCGAAUAUCACCUGAUGCUUCACAUCCAAAUGCAACUGUGCGAGACCUCAUUGUGCGACUGGAUUGCCGCCAGAAAUGAUGUGUGUCUAAGAGCAACAGAUGCCUCUAAUCCUUACCAUCAUGUCGAGAAGCAUUGGACCUUAAAUUUCCAGGAGCUGCUGGAAGGAGUGUACUAUAUCCACAAUAAUGGAGUCAUGCACCGCGACAUUAAACCCCGCAAUAUCUUUCUCCAAGGACCUAACCACCACGUGAAAAUAGGGGACUUUGGGUUAGCCUGUAGAGAUAUCAUAGAGGAAGAUACAACCCAACUGCUAAGUGCAGAGAAUAAUUAUGCAUUCAUCCAUACCUCCGGAGUGGGCACUUGCCUGUAUGCUUCACCUGAACAACUCCAAGGCUCUCAUUAUGAUUUCAAGUCUGAUAUGUACAGUUUGGGCGUCAUCCUGUUUGAACUCUUCCAGCCGUUUGGAACAGAAAUGGAGAGGACAAAAGUUCUGAUGGGCUUAAGACGGGGCAGCCUCCCGCUCACUUUUUGUGGGAAGUGGCCAAUACAGGCCAGAUACGUGAAGCUGCUGACCAGCGACGCCUCAUCGCGCAGACCGACGGCCCUCCAGCUGCUGGAAAGCGAACUCUUCCAUAAUUCAGCAAAUGUCAUUUGCGCUCUUCAGCAGAAAGUGAUGAAGCAAGAAGAAGAAAUCAAACUGCUGAAAGAAAAAAUUAAGCUACUGUUACAAGAGAGGGAUGAGAGAGACAGAAUUAAGCCACUCGGCUCUCCUGUUUAAGUGAACCAAAAGUAUUUGUCAUUGUGUUACUUUCAACAUAUCUUUAUUUUUUAUAUAAAAUAUUCCAGGCCUGCAA